AUGCAGCAGCUUACCGUAGCCCUCAUCUUGCUCGCCCUGGCCAGCGGCGUCUCGGCCGGCCUCGGGUGCAACCACAACAACUGUCAGGCUUGCACUGCUGACCCACUCUGCGGUUGGAACGGCUCGGCAUGUAAAUCGCGGAUCUUGGGCGGAUGCCGCGGCGACGGCGGGCUAAUCAACGGUCUACUGCUCUGCAACCCGUACCAAUGCUCCACCGCCCCGCCCGUCUACAACGAGAACUUCGCCAAGCAGCUGUGGCAACUCCAGGGCGCCGGCAAGGUCGCCACCUCCGAUCCUGGCUUCGCGGGCUGCGUGAAUGCCGCCGAUCCUAGCGCAAAAUUCAUCGCGCGCAUCAACGUGACCUGCGGAGUACCGCUUCCCAUUGACCGUUGUGUCACCGACCUCUACGUGCUGCCUGGCUCCAAGACGAUCGCCGCCAUCUCCCUCGGCUCCGAGGGCACCAGCCAGUUGGUCCAAGUCCUAGGCGCGCUCACUCUAUCUUUCCUCGACCUCCAAACUGGGGCCGUCAUCUACUGGCAGACGGCGUUCAACAGCCUCUGGAAUGGUGGGCUUCAAUCGAACCUGACCGCAUUGCUCCAAAAUUCCACCUAUGCUGAUUAUACGUUCGUCUCCUCGGGGCACUCCCUUGGUGGAGCUGUUUCGCUGCUCAUCACGAAGGCGGUUGCCGACAAGGGAUGGCGCGGACCGGAUGCUAUCCAGACUAUCACUUUCGGACAGCCUCGUCUAGGGUCUGUCGCUCUCCAGAAUUCCAUCUACCAGAAGGCCCCUCAUCACUUCCGUCUGAAGAAUGCCCGCGACGCUAUCAGCUCCCUCCCCUUCCAAGCGGCUUGGAUCGAGCACAGCAAGUUCCCGGUCUACUACCCGAUUGGGAUGAACUCGACCGGCCUGGCCGCCAAAAUCAUCUGCCAGACUAACGAGGAUCCCGCGUGCACCACUCUGUUCCAAGUAUCGGACCUGGGCCUCAACUACCACAACACGUACUUCAACAUUGACAACAUCGAGACGUGGCACAACACCAACUGCGCCUAC